UCAGGGUGAAAAUAUUUUUAACAGUCAUAAACAUUCUUCUCAUCGAAGUUUCGAGGCGUUUGAUUACAAAAAAGUCUCGGAAGGAAACCAGCUCCGAUCGUCACAUUACGUACGUAAUUGGCUAAUUUAGGCGCUUGGUUUUCAUGAACAACUAGAUUGGAACUUUUCUACUGAGUCCGCUGCCAGUUUGCUGUUUAACAUGGUCACUUGUUUGAAAUUAUUAGCUGUGAGUCUUUGAUUCUGACUUGGACGAAAAGAUUGUGUUUAGAUUCAUUGAACCAAAAAUAUCCUCACCAGCUGAAGCCUCAAACAAGAAUGACAACGUUUACAUGGAUAAAGAUCUUUGCAGCACUGUUUCAACUGAUUUCGUCGGCAGCAGGUUCGUGUUCUGACACUCCCGUUGGUGUUCGCGAUGAACUGAAAGUGAUACCUGACGAUAACAUGACUGCAGGCUCGGCGCUCACUGGUUUUCCAGCCAAACAUGGCCGCCUGGCUGGAACUGGUGCCUGGUGUCCUCAAACAAAUGGUAAUGACAGUCUUUUAUAUCUACAAAUAAGCUUGGGUAAAAGCUACGUAAUAUGCGGCGUCGAAGUGCAGGGAAAGCCUAAUGCCUUAGAGUCUACAAACUUUACGCUUCAGUCUUCAACAGACGGAUCAGCCUUUACUGCCAUUGACUCAGGGAAGACCUUUAAUGCCUCAUCAGCUGGUGGUGAUGUCGCUACAUUCCAUACCCUGACAACAAACGUGACUGCGACACAUCUGCGGUUUAUACCAGUUUCCAACCUUACAUGCCUAAGGGUGGAGAUUUAUGCUGUUCCAGAGAAUGUUGCCGUCACUUGCCAAACGUCCAACAUCUUGGUAGCAAUUAAAAAAUCAUUAUUUACUGAUUCUGACCCUUCUUUCGCCGCGACUGACCUGGCUCUCCAUGACAAAGAUUGUAAAGCUACCAAUGGUUCAAUUACUUUCGACUUUGACAUUACCCUUGGGACAUGCAAUACUGAGCUCACUAUCUCAAAAGAUGAAGAAAGAUCAUUUUACCACAACGUUGUCUUUGAUAUCAAAAAAGAUCCAGACGAAGCUGAAUUUAACAUCAUUUGCUCAUACGUGCGAACGCCGACAACUGCUUCUAGCAGUGGUGCUCUGACGUUUACUAUGAACAUCUACCAGGAUGAAAAUCAUCAAAACCUUGUUACAAAUGAGGUGAUCGAUUUGGGACAGAAAUUAUAUUUCAAAAUCGAAGUUCAAACCACAAGCAGUGACAUUGAAUUACAUCUUACCCAGUGCAAGGCUACAUCCACAGAUAACGUAAACGAUGCUAACAACUAUACAUUUAUUCAAAGCGGUUGCCAUGUUCAAAGCGAUCAGUUUGUGACGGAUUAUAAUUGCUCAGCAACUCCUACCAACUCUCAAACGUUUACCUUAUCUGCGUUCCGCUUUGCUGGUAGAAGUGCUGGUGACCGAGUUUAUUUCCACUGUAAUGCAUUGGCAUGCUUAAUAAGCAAUACUGCAUCCACUUGUGCUACACAAUGUGGUGCUUGCACAAGCAAACGGAAGAGAAGGAACUUGGAAGAGCAAGAUCCAAAUGAGGUGCACUUAGUUCUCGGACCAUUUACUAUCGUUGAAGAAGGCGAUACCACCAAGCCUAAUAAAGCCGAUGAAAAUGAUGGAGUAGAAGAUUCAAACACAAUCCAAAAAGACAGCGAAAACUUUCCCACGACCAAGGUGGUCAUCGUGUGUGUGGGCGCCAUUGUUGUCUUAGCGAUAAUAGCAGGCUUGGUGGUAAUGAUGAGGUUCUCUAAAAGUGCUCGUGGGCCCGCUGUGAAAAAUGUCACCGCUGACCUAUCUCAGGUUAAUGCAGCCUUCGACGAUACAGAAGUCAAAACGUUGAGUGUCAAGUCAAUAUAAAGUUGAUGAAGUUCUAUGUGGAAUUAUUACUCGUAUGAAUAUGAAAAGACGAGGGAUCUCUUAUUUAUCGGUUAAAUAUUUAACCGAUGCAUUACAUUUUCUCCCCUCGUUUUUUGAAAGACGAGGGGAGAACUGUUUAGAACGCGAUUAAGUUGAACUACUGUUGAUGUAAAAUUUUGACUUUGUUUUAUCUCUUUUCUCAGAGUUUAGUGGUUUAUAUUUUGAUACCUUUAAUUUUGCCGAGCGCCAAGAUGAAGCUCCUUACAGACCUCAUCCCCAUUACACACUUUAUAUGAAAGAAAUCAAAAGCUGGCUUAACUAUAAUCAUGGUCUAAUGCUAGUGUCCUCUAGAACAACCAACCACAGCGGUCAAACGUCUGUGGGUGUGCGAAUGUUGUUAUGCCUAGGUGGCGUGCUUACCGGCCGUCAGAAUUAAGUUUUCUCACACGAGUUACGAACAAGAAUGCAAGCCAGUAAGUCACGGAGUUUGAAAACCGUAUUAUUAUUAUUUUUUAAACUGAAAAUAGGGUAGUAAAUCAACAAGAUACCCGUGCAUGAAUAAGCUAUGUGUUCAAAAAGUCAGAAGUUUUCCCUUUUCCUACUUUUGUUUCUUUUUACAGAUUUCCAUGAACGCUUCAAUUUUGCGCGUAAUAAUUGAAACUCCGUAAGCUAUAGAAGUCAAGAUCCACGAGUGCUCGACACUAUCAUAUGUGUAGUAACGAUUUCGAGUUAGAGUAAGAUGUUGUCGUAAGAGCACAUGCAUCUAGUGAAUCAAAUUUUUAUCCUCUCUGAGAUGUAUACCUAGUCACUUUGUUACUUAAUGAAUGAAAUAUUUCUCAAAAAGGAAGGUUUCGAAUGUCGUAAGCCAGUUUCGUUAAUUCCUUCGCACAUGCCUGACACUUGACCGCUGUGUUGGAACAACCGGGCCCAAGGGUCACAUUUUGCCUACCUCAGUUAAUCUUGGAAUGUUUUUAGUUGUUUUUUGACAAGUGGAUUAACUAAUUUUUGUGUUGAAAGCUUUCCUUUUCUUACCUUUUCGAGAGAAGACGAUUUCACUGUCUUGAGGUUGCAAAAUAUAAUUCAUUUUUGGGAUUUGAUGGUAAAAAAGAACAAAAUUAUGGCUUUUUUAUCUAUGAUUUAAGUAGACAUUUUUAGAGAAUAUAUUGAUAUUGUUAAGUAUUCGCUCAUUAUCAGAACAAGCAAAUUGGCCUGUACGUAGAGGUAACACGUAACCGAGGCUUACGGAUACGUUUGAAGAAAACGGAGGCUUUGAACUCACUAGUUAAUGAGAGUUGAUUGUGAAAGGCCUGCUGUGUUUAAGAAAAAAAAAAAGUUGUGGAAUUUUCAUUCAUUAUAUGUAUUAACCUUGCCACAGCUUGUAAUU